UGAAUCUUCCUUACUUCCAACUCAUGGCUGUUCACUAGCGAAAGGUGUGAAUUUGACUUUACAUAAAUAAAGCUCUUUACAACUGGUUUUAGUGUUUUUCUAUCUUCGUUGUUAGAGAAAACAAGAAUUAUUUUCUUUUUAUUAGUUUGAUUGACCUAGCUGAAAGUGGUUACAUUAAUUAGGAAGAGUGAAGUGAUAAAGCUAUUUUUUGGUGAUAGAAACCAAACCGGCUUUUGAAAAAUGGGUAUACCUAAGCAUGUUCGAAAACGCGUUGAGGGAUUUAUUGGUUCAUCCUGGGGAAAGGAGCAUCAAAAGCAGUAUGAUGUGGGCAUGCUCGAAAAUAUUUAUAGUGAACUACUGAAUGAAAAAAAUUCAAUCGAUUUACUAAGCUUUUUGGAUGAUUCCGCUUUCUUUGAAACAUGUUUAUGGCCAACGGUUACUAAUGAUAUGCCACUUGUGCAUGUGCAACUAAUAUGUUUGAUGAUUUUACAUAAGACAAGUUCCUAUCCGUCAUUUCUUAAAGAUUUGGAUCCCUCCAAGUUUAAGAUUCUUUUUGAUCAAGUUAUUAUUUUGUCUUAUAACGAGAAUCUUCACAAUAGUUUCUGCUUAGUUAGAUUUAUUACUCUCUGUAUAGAAUCCUUGCAUGUACCACAUGUGAAAAAGCUAAUUUAUCCUCUCACGAAUAUUGCGAUCCUUGAUUGUUUGGAGUCACAAGAAAAACGGGAUCAUGUUUUUACUAAGGUAAAGGCAUUUCGAAAAGCUUACGUAUCUUAUAAACAAAAACAGCCAGGAAUUCUAAAGGAAAAUCCAAACCAUGGUGCUUAUUCUGGAUGGCUUCAUCAGAUACUCUUGAAAUGCGAUUUAUUGCUGCAAGAUAGUGCUGAUGAGACUAAUCUGAGACCUUCUUUAACAGUACUUGGUCUUUGUUUGGCAUUUCUUUCGACGUUUCCUACUCGACGGUUUAGUCAUUUGAUUAUAGAAGAUGCAUGCUUUGACGCGUUUUCUCGCACUUCUCUGUUUUACCAUACUUCAGCUCUCUUUAAGUCUUUAACGGAUUCUCUUAGACGUUCUCUCAGAUACCCUUACGACAAUGCGAAAGGUAUUGAUCUUUCGGAAAAAGAAAUCAUACAAAGGGACGAACUAUUAUACCACUCCUUGCAGACUACUCUCUUUAGGUUUUAUCAAGAUCGCUUGCACGAUUUUUUAUUUUUUCCUCAAAGUUGGUUUCAGAAGCGCGAAAAUUUAGAGAAAAUCACAGGUUGUCUUACAUUUGAUGAGUUAAAGGGUUUAUGUCAAAAAUGUCAUCUGAGAACUAACUUUACUGAAACAUAUCCUAUAAAAGUGUCUCACUCUCUGCUAAAAGAAAUAUAUAUCUCAACUUUUGAAAAAAUCCAACAGAACUCAUUUUUAAAGUCAUCAAAUGAGAUAAUACAUAUAACUCUCGAUGACUUGAAUUUUUGGGAACGAAAGGUUACUGAAAUUCAAAACCUGAAAAUCCCGUUUAAUGACUUUCAAGGAUAUCAAUUUCAGAAUCUUUCCAUCUCUUCCUUUCUUCAGAAAACCUUGGAUGCGUUGUAUGGCGACUUACUCAAAGAAGUCAGCAAUGAAAUCUCUUCCGCUUGUAAUCAUAAUCUUCUUAAAGGGAAUGAAAUUAAACGAUUUUCUAGUGCUUUUACUCCAAUAAAAAAGUUUCGGAUACAAAAAACGGCGCCUCCACUUGUUGGUGAAAUACAUCCUCAGUAUAUUCAUUGCAAAGUGGAUAUAGAUACCGAAAAAAGGAUAGAUAUUUUUGACAAAAUUAGGAAAAACAAAUUUGUUUGUUUACUUUCAAUCGCUAAUCACAAAGAACAACGAUCAUUUCAAGGUUCUGGAAGUUGCAUAAAUUUAGCAUUUGGUCGACCUUUUACGAGCCAAGUAGAUGCAGAAGGGAAUGAAGUUAAGGAUAAUAGUUCUAAGAAUAUGGACAUUUAUAUGGAUCCUCUAUUUUAUUCAGAUGUGGUUGAAAAAGAAGGAAUGUUUCCUGAGGCAAUGGACUUCAAUUAUAUGAUGACUGUUUCAUCCUCAGUGAAAGAUAUUUGGAGUGAAAUUCUUGCAAAUCGGUUACUUUUAAAGAAAGCGGGAAAUUUUCCGAAAUGGCUUUUGGAUUGUUUUCUUGGUUUUGGUGCUCCAAAUCUUGUCACUUUUCCCAACGUUGGUAGUAACAAUAUUACCGUCAAGGACGUAUUUUCCUCUAAUGAGCAAUUGGAGGAAGUAUUUCCAAAUGCAGAUCGAAAUCUUAACAAUUUGACGGAUCCAAUGUCUAUACGCUAUGAAGGAGACAAUAAUAUAAUAGAGACGAAAAAAGAGGAUUAUCCUUAUAUCUCAUCUCAAAAAAAAAUAUAUUAUAAUGAUGAACAGUGUUCCGCACUACUAAAUUCUUUGCAGCCUGGCUUAACGCUUGUACAUGGACCUUCUCAGACCGGGAAGCAUGCAUUGGUCUGCAAAGUAUUAGAGAUUCUUAGCAGAAACUUUCAAAAUGAAAGAACUCUCAUUGUUAGCAAAGAAAAUGAUUCUUUAAAUAAACUUUUUCAUAUGAUGGAAGAGACUGGUUGCUUUGAUGAGGGACGUAUAAUGUGUUUAGGUGGACAAAGCGAUGCAGAUGACUAUACCGUUUAUGGAAGCAUUAAGUACUUGAUUUCGAAGCUCCCUUAUCUAUUAGCAGAAGUUGAUCGCUUUGCUUCAUCGAUGAAUGUGGUAGGCGCAUACGGCAGUAACCCAGAAACUGCUUUAUAUUUUUUUGAUGCUUUCGUGAAUCCAGCUUGGAAUAAGUUUAUUAAUUUGGCUUCUUCGUCCUCUUCUGAUUUUCGAACUCUUUGGGAUGCUUUCCCUUUUAAAGCUUUUUUUCAAGAACGCAUUAAUGAAGCUGACGAUGAUACCUCACGGAUUCUAGAAAUAACAAUGUUAUUCUAUCACGAAAUUACUAAGCUUUUUACAAUGAUACGUGAGAUACAGCCUUAUACUUUUUUUAAGCGUUCAGAAGAUUGCGAGGUUUAUGCUCUUUGUCAACAAGCUAACAUUGUCGGGACUACGUGGGAGGAAAUACUGAAUCGUCUUCUCGUAUUGACUGAAAAAGGAUUUUCUUUUGAAAAUUUGAUUGUUUUGGAUUCUGAAAACAUUUCAGAACAUACCGUGUCUAAAUUGCUUACCUGUAAUGAAUGCAAAUCUGGUACAAAAAGGGUAAUCUGUUUUGAAAAUGAUAAGGCAGCUAUAUGCCAUAACUAUGAGCUCUUAAAACCCGUCGUUAUUUCCUUUCCCGAAAAACUUCGACAAUUUGGGGUUUUUUGUCAUCAAUUGAAAACGAAGUAUAAUACACGCAAGUCAAUUGGCGAACUUACUGAUUGGCAAUAUGGCACUGAAAUUGAAUAUGUUGAUACAACAGAUACAAGUGUAAGCUUGCAUGGAAAUUCGGGAUUUGUGAAUGAAUAUCAGUUUAUUGAUGUUGGACCUUUCAAGGGAGCGAAGGAAACUGAAAUAACUGAAGGAAGCAAGCAAAAUCUUGGUGAGGCUGAAUAUGCAGUAGCCAUUUAUCAAUAUAUGAGAAUGCUUGGUUAUCCCGCUGAUGAGAUUGGAAUCUGCACCUUGUAUGAUAGCCAAGUAGCUUUGCUACGGGAAAUUUUGAACGUGCGCUGCUCUGGAAAUUCCUUUUUUGGUUUGCCGUUACUUGUUAAUAAUGUAAAGAAUUUGGGACGACAUGUAAAGUAUAUGAUUUUUACAACAGUUUCCUCUGAGGGUGAUCCAAGGCAAUGGUCCUUAGAAGCUUUUACGAAAGCUAUAUCUCACACUCAAUACGGUUUAUAUGUUCUUUGUUCUAGAGAACUUUUGAAAAAGGCUGCCCAUCUGGGUCCUCUUCGUGAGAAAGCAUUGACUACAUCAGGGAAAUUGAUUUUGACUACAGGAGAGAUAUAUCCAAUUUCACAUAAAAUUGGAGAUCCUGUUGAAAAGUUUGAAAUUGAAAAUUUAAUUCAUCUCUCGAAUUAUGUGGUAGAAAUGACUAAGAAAAAACUUCAGAUAAUGAAUUAAUAGAAUAAAUAACGUAUCCUAGCUAAGUUCAAUCGAAAUUAAAUAAUUCCUUAUUUUUGAAUAAUUAGUACUAUUCGAUUAUAAUCAAUUAAAUGGGUUUGUC